UUCCCCUGCACUGGCGGUCCCGGCGGCUCUCCGAACGAACUCACUGAGCGACGCGGCCAGACCAUGACCCUGGGGUCUCUGCUGCUGCUGCUGGGGGUGCUGGGGGUGCCACUUGCCCCAGGCGCCCGCGGCUCGGAGGCGGAGGGCCGACUCCGCGAGAAACUUUUCUCGGACUAUGAUAGUUCGGUGCGGCCGGCGCGGGAGCUGGGAGACCGCGUCGGGGUCAGCAUUGGUCUCAGCUUGGCACAACUCAUCAGCCUGAACGAGAAAGAUGAAGAGAUGAGCACAAAGGUGUACUUAGACCUGGUGUGGACCGACUACAGGCUGAGCUGGGACCCUACCCAGCACGAUGGCAUCGAUUUGCUGCGCAUCACGGCUGCAUCCGUGUGGCUACCUGAUGUGGUUCUGCUGAACAACAAUGACGGGAAUUUUGACGUCGCUCUGGAUAUUAACGUCGUGGUGUCCUCCGACGGCUCCGUACGCUGGCAGCCCCCGGGCAUCUAUCGAAGCAGCUGCAGCAUCCAGGUCACCUACUUCCCCUUCGACUGGCAGAACUGCACCAUGGUGUUCAGUUCCUACAGCUAUGACAGCUCGGAGGUCAGCCUGCAGACGGGCCUGGGUCCUGAUGGGCAGGAGCAGCAGGAAAUCCACAUUCAUGAAGGAACCUUCAUUGAAAAUGGCCAAUGGGAGAUUAUCCACAAGCCCUCUCGGCUAAUCCAGCCUCCAGGGGAUCCUAGGGGAGGGAGGGAAGGACAGCAUCAGCAAGUCACCUUCUACCUCAUCAUCCGCCGGAAGCCUCUCUUCUACCUGGUCAAUGUCAUUGCCCCGUGCAUCCUCAUCACUCUCCUGGCCAUCUUUGUCUUCUACCUACCCCCUGAUGCAGGAGAGAAGAUGGGGCUCUCAAUCUUUGCCCUGCUCACCCUUACUGUGUUCCUGCUGCUACUGGCAGACAAAGUGCCUGAGACCUCCCUGUCGGUACCCAUCAUUAUCAAGUACCUCAUGUUUACCAUGGUUCUCGUCACCUUCUCGGUCAUCCUUAGCGUCGUGGUCCUCAAUCUGCACCACCGCUCACCCCACACCCACCAAAUGCCCCUUUGGGUCCGUCAGAUCUUCAUCCACAAGCUACCUUUGUACCUGGGUCUGAAGAGGCCCAAACCUGAGAGAGACCAGAUGCCAGAGCCCCCUCACUCUUCUUCGCCAGGAAGUGGCUGGGGUCGGGGAACAGAUGAAUAUUUCAUCCGGAAGCCGUCGAGUGAUUUUCUCUUCCCCAAACCUAACAGGUUCCAGCCUGAUCUGUGUGCCCCGGACCUGCGGCGGUUCAUCGAUGGUCCAAACCGGGCUGUGGGCCUGCCUCCCGAGCUCCGGGAGGUCGUUUCCUCCAUCCGCUACAUAGCUCGACAGCUGCAGCAACAGGAGGACCACGAUGCCCUGAAGGAGGACUGGCAGUUUGUGGCCAUGGUAGUAGACCGCCUUUUCCUGUGGACCUUCAUCAUCUGCACGACUGUCGGGACUCUUGUCAUCUUCCUGGACGCCACGUACCACUUGCCCCCUCCCGACCCCUUUCCUUGAAGACUGGAGGACAGAGCCCAUGUCCUCGGCCAGCUGAAGGAAGAGUUCGGCGGUACUCUCAAGCCCACCUGAGAUGCACCAUCAGCUUCUUUACUUCUUGGGUUUUGAAGAAGCGCCUUUGAAUAACAACACCUAGGUCCCCAAUUAAAUAGAACGAAAACCAAGAACUAGAUUGUAAGCCUUAGGAGGGCAGGAAAUGUGUAUUGUUCACUGUAAUAUCCCGCAGCACCUUGCAGAGGUCCUGACCUAUAGUAAGUGCUUGACUCUUGUUGAAUAGAGAGAAAAUUUCAGAAAGGAAAUACACCAAUUAAUAAUGCUAUGUUUGCAUGUUAUACUAAUGGUCAUUUUUUCUGUUUUUACCUCUCUGCAAUUUAUAUUUUGCAAUGAGUACUAUCUUUAGGAUGAAAAAAAAAAGGUUAUUUCUGAAAAGAUCUGUGUAUAAUGAGAAAAAGAAAAAAACAUUUUAAAGACUUCCAUUCAAGUUUCAGCUUUGGUGCUCAAACCUUGGACAAGCUACUAACCUGCUCUGUACCUCAAUUUCCACAUCUGUGAAAUGAACCUUAUAAUAGUAUAUGCCCCAAAGGGUUGUUUGAGGAUCAUUUCAGAAGAUGGGAACAAAAGCACAGUAUAGAUCAGAGGUCACAAAUUGGUAUGUUUUGUUUGGCCCAUGCUGUUGGCCUGCCGUUUUAAAUUUAAAUGUUUAAAUUAGUUCACUACUUUUUUUUUUUAUGCUUUCUGCUUUUAAAAUUCUGAUAUUUCUGAGGGCCAGCCUGUGGCUCACUUGGGAGAGUGUGGUGCUGACAACACCACGGCCAUGGGUUUGGAUCCCUAUAUAGGGAUGGCUGGUCAGCUCACUUCAGAGAGCGUGGUGCUGACAACAGCAAGACAAGGGUUAAGAUCCCCUUAUCAGUCAUCUAUAAAAAAAAAAAUAUUUUUUUUCGGAUAUUUCUGGGGGGCUGUCUGGCUAGCUCAGUUGGUUAGCAUGCAGUGUUGUAACACCAAGGUCCAGGGUUCAGAUCCCUGUAUUGGCCAGCUGCCAAAAAAAAAAGGAUAUUUCACAGAGAAAUUUGGAUUUCUGGCUUUUCUUUCUUCUUUUUUUUAAUUCCUAUAUACGCCAUCCCUAUACAGGGAUCUGAACCCAUGGCCUUGGUGUUAUCAGCACGACACUCUCCCAAGUGAGCCACGGGCCAGCCCUGAUUUCUGGCUUUUCUUGAAAAAAAAAAAAGUUUUAAAAGCUUUAGUAACACCAGGCCUGAUUCCCCUGUUGGCAGCAACUUGUUAGAGCUGAUUAGCGGCUGCCCACUCUAGUCAAGGUAUUUGUGCCAGAAUUCCCCAGAGCCCCCAUCCAUCUGACCAGCUUCACUCAUUUUACCUACCCAUCCCUCUAUCACAUUACAAGAGAUACAGAGGAGGGGAGUUGAAGCUAAUGGGGAGGCUAGGAGUGGAAAAAGAAAGGUCAUGUCUCUUAUGGCCAUCACUCAUCUCAUGCCUCAGUUUCCUCUCAAUUUGGAGAAAGAGUUGGACCCGGUUUAAGGUAAGGCCAUUCUGGGACAUGGAGAUCUUUGGCCCAGCACUUGUGCACAACAGGCUAUGUGAAACGGACUGAGUUAAUGUUUCUGCCUGGAGGUCAGACCAAAGUCAGCUUUCACCUAGUGGCUACAGCAAUUACAGUGAAGUACUUAGCGUCAACAAGCUCUCAUUCCUACUCAGUUGCUGCAAGUUGUUGUCCUAAGAGUGCGAAUAGGGCUACAACUUCCAGAGAUCCCUGUGGGACAAGGUUAGCAUGUCCCUUUCCCCCACACCCACCAGCCACGCAAAUAAUUGCACCUGGCAUCCCACUGUGGAGCACAGUUGUCUUGUUGGUUUAUUGGCCUAGAGAGUUGGACACACACACAAAUGCGGAGAUAAAUAUCGGCCAGUAUCUUUAAAUCUGGGUCCUCACUACGUGUAGAGCUAGUCUGUAGAAUUCUAAAUCCUGCGUGCUGUGGCACAGAACCAGUGGCCCUCCCACUCUGCCAUCACCCUUCCUCCCAGGGAACACGGGAAAAGGGCACAAACUGACAAGACUUGACCAUUUUCAAAAGACGAAAUUGCAAAAUCCCAAAUUUCCAGCAUCUGAAACUCACAGUAUUCAAAAUCCCCAGCUCAAAUACAUAUAUUUUAAUCUCCAUUUUGCCACAAUCUCAUUUGUUGCCCAGAGCCACCAAAUUCUGGAAGCUAUUUUCCUUAAUCAUAUUUUCAAAAAAAUAAAUGCCUACAAUUUCAACUCUCCCAAAA